UGAUUUACUGUUAUUGAUCUCGUCAGAAUCCACAUUGCAAAAACCUCUGACGAUCACAACUUGGACACAUAUGGUGCUCAAAAUUACUUUUUGGUGAGCUUUGUGACGGAUUUCCCCCUGACCGAUAUUCCAGUAAAACCUGCUCAAAUGGCUCAAGGCUUUUAAAAGUGAAGUGAAUCAGGGACUGAAGUGUCUGGAUUUGAGUGAACUUCAUAUAUCUGGGAGCAGUUUUGCAACGAUGGGUUCCUGGUUCCUCCUCGUGCUCGUCAUAAUAGUCUCCACCAGCUAUCAAGGUGCCUUCUCAUGUCCGCAACGGUGUACCUGCCACUUCAGCAGUAAAACCACUGAGGUGGUGUGUCCCGAUGCCUCUCUGACUCAUUUCCCAAGUGAAAGUCUCCCAGGUAACACCACCUCCUUGACCAUCCAGUAUACCAACUUGAAGAACAUCAGCACCCAUGAGCUGAGAGCCACACCCCUCCUGCAGGAGCUCCACCUACCAGGGAACGGACUGUCCAGUUUGCCUGCAGAAAUGCUUAAGGGCCUGCCUCACCUCCACACCAUAGACCUCACAGGUAACCAGCUACGGGACCUGCCCCCUCUGGUCUUCUAUCAUGCCCCACUGCUCAACCUGGUGCUUAAAGACAACCUGCUCACCAGUGCCAGUGCAGACUGGCUGCCCAGCAACAGCAACCUCACCUGGCUGGAUCUGUCAGGAAACCGACUCAUUAAAGCCCCCUUUGCUUUACUUCAGAACUUGGGCCUCCUGGAGACUCUGCACCUCUCUCAGAACCUCCUGGAGGAGCUCCCAGCUGACAGCUUUCAAUCGCUGCCUGCUCUGGAGAGACUUCACCUGGACGAAAAUAAACUCCAGGCUCUGGAUGCCAAGGCCUUCAGCUGCAAUACUAACCUAACCCACCUGUUCUUGCAGAAGAACAAGCUGAAGAGUCUCCCUGCUACCAUCUUCCAUGGGCUCGACCGUCUGCAGUACUUGGACCUGAGUGAGAACAGACUGCAGUUCGUGGCCCCAGGCACCCUUGGCCUCAGUAUCAGCUGGGUGGAGCUGAGCCUGAACCCUUGGCAUUGUGACAGUAAGAUGGAGUACCUGUGGAAAAUGCUAAACAAAAAAUCGGUGCAGUCAGAGCCAACAUGUGCCACGCCUGAGAUGCUAAAGGACAGAGCCAUCGCUACACUCACACGCAAAGAGCUGGGCCUGGAAGACUGAAGGAAGAAAGGAUGAAGUGGAAUGGAAGAUGAUGACAUGAUGGCAGUAAUAAAGGAGUGAAUGGAGGAGAAAGAAAAGCUUUUUUGCAAUGAAUAAGGAUAAAAAGUGGGAAGAGCAAAUCACAACUAUUUCAUCUUAUGUCACAUAAGAUACAAUGAUUAAAUAAAAUGAAACGGAAUUGUUUCUAGAUCAGAAUAUUUUAUACAUUUGUUACAUGAAAAAUGAGAAUGAAAGUUCCUCGCAAAAAUAUAUUUGAAUGACUUUGUGUCGGAUUUUCAUCUCAAAGUAAUACUUUUUAAAAUGGUAACCCAACAUAAAUGCAACUGCGCCCACUGAUUAUUGGCUGAGCACUAUAAUCAGUAAGUUUUCCCUUCUGCAAAGGCUUGUCGGGUUGUGUUUGUAGAUGUUGCUCUUUGUACCAAUUUGGUUUUCAGGUUUGUUGUGCCUCUCUCAUUGGUUAAGGUCUGGGCUGCAGUUCCAGUUCAGACGCUGUCUGUUUACCCAGGGAGCAAAGUUAUAUCGGAAUUGACAAAGAUCCAAUAACAGGGCACUUGGUCAAAUACAUCCCAUUCACUUAACCCUUAGAACCCUAGAAUUGCUGUUGUUUUAAUUUUUUAUUUUGGGUCAAUUUUAAAGUAUUUACAUGUCACACAUGCCAUAUGUUGUUUUUUUCAGGAGACCUUCGGCUACUCAGAUAUGCCACUAUUUGACAUGUAAAUGCUAACAGAAAUUUGAUAUCUUUAUGAAUGAACACGCCUGCUAAAGUUUCUAAUUUUUUGCUUAUAGAGAUUUUGAAAACAGGUUGCACCUCAGAUACCUUUUCAGAAAUUGUUAGUCUGGAGUGUCUGUGAGCUGGAAGUGCAAUCAUUUAGAUGGUGAGUCAUUCUGUUGGUUAUUAUGAGCAAAAAUAAACAAUUAGAAUAAGG